AUGCUAAAACAAGAUGGAUACUAUUCACCUGUUAAUAAUACAUAUUGGUAUUUUACUGAUGAAGAGUAUGAAGAAAAUAAAAAACUUCGUUCAAAAUUUAAAGAAUCUGACAAAAUUAAUGCAAAAGCUGAACCGUAUGUUGAAAAAGAAAAGAAUAAAGAUGCAUUUUAUUUUAGCAGAUUAAUGAACUAUAAAGAACAAAUUUCUAAAGCUUUAGGUAAUACAAAACAAAGUCAACACGAGAAAUCUCAAGAACUUAAAACUUCAGAUUCUGGACAGAUUGAUAUGGUGAUCCCAGAUUUUUAA